UGUUUUUGGGGACGCCAGCAGCGAGCGAACGCACCCGAGUUUGUGCCUAAGGCCACUCUGCGGAUCGGGGACGGCUGUUCCUUUGGGCUCACGUCCUCCGCUGAGCACAACUUGCGGACACCAUGCUCCUCCUGCUGCUAAGCAUUAUCGUCCUCCACGUAGCCGUGCUGGUGCUGCUGUUCGUCUCCACCAUCGUCAGCCAAUGGCUUGUGGGCCAUGAAUAUGCGACUGACCUCUGGCAGAACUGUAGCGCUUCCACAGGCAACGUACGCCACUGUUUCUUGACAUCGGCAAACGAAUGGCUGCAGUCUGUCCAGGCCACCAUGAUCCUGUCCGUUAUCUUCAGCGUUCUGUCCUUGUUCCUGUUCUUCUGCCAGCUCUUCACCCUCACCAAGGGGGGCCGAUUUUACAUCACUGGAAUCUUCCAAAUCCUUGCUGGUCUGUGUGUGAUGAGUGCAGCAUCCAUCUUCACGGUGAGGCACCCAGAGUGGCAUCUCAACUCUGACUACUCCUACGGCUUCGCCUACAUCCUGGCCUGGGUGGCCUUCCCCUUGGCCCUGCUCAGCGGUGUCGUCUACGUGAUUUUGCGGAAACGUGAAUGAGGCGCCCAGACAGACCCUCUGAGUCUCUGAGCAUACACAGGGAAGGGAGGAAGGAAACCAGAAAAAAAAAAAAAAAAAAAAAGCUAUCCAAAACUCAAACCAAACCAAACCAAAAGUAGAGAAGGGGGGUUACUGUUGAUUAAAGAUGUAUAUAAUAUCUACGGUUUAUAAAACCUAUUUAUAACACUUUUUACAUAUAUGUACAUAGUAUUGUUUGCUUUUUAUGUUGACCAUCAGCCAUGUGUUGAACCUAAGGGAGUAUCUAAAGAACUUUAAAUCCUAACAGUAUAAUCAAGCUCAGUAUUUCUGUUUUGUUUUUUGUUUUGCCUGGAAAUGACAAAAUAACUCCAUCUCACCCUUUCCCUUUUAUUGGAAAGAAAAGACCUCCCUCCCGCUCCACCUCAUUUAGAAAACCAAAGUGUGGGUCCAAGCCCCAGAUGGCCAGAUGCCCUUUUAUUGUGGGUGACCCAGUGCAUUAAACAUGGACAUCCACUGCCUGGACCUCUGUGUGAAGUCUUAACGCACACACGGACAAAAUUCCCCCAAACUGGAGCUCUUGGCACAAACACAGCUGUGGCUUUGGGAUCCUCGCCCUUCUGGGUGGGUGUUCCCACCAUGCAUCUAAAGGAGAAAUCAGUGACAACAAACCUGUGAAAUGGUGCUAUGUAUUUACCAUUCCUUGUUAUCACUAAUCAUCUAAACGACUCACUGGAAAUUCAAUUAACAACUUUACAACAUAAAGUAGAAUGGAGGCCUGCAUAAUUUUGUGUAAUAUAAAUGGUUUAUAACCCCCGUUGUACCUAGCUAGGCUGCUAUUAUUACUAUAAUGAAUAAAUAAUAAGCAAAGCCUUGAUCUCGCCCACAAUUUUCUUACAGUCAGAGCUUCGGGACAAGCCUCUAGACCUCCUGAGGCCAUGAGUUUCCCAGGCUUGGCUGGGUCUAGACUGUUCUCUGCCUCCAAGGACUGUCUGGCAAUGACUUGUAUUGGCCACCAACUGUAGAUGUAUAUACGGUGCCCUUCGGAUGCUAAGACUCCAGACCUUUUUUUUUUUUUGGCUUUGCUUUUUCUGAUUUUAUACCAACUGUGUGGACUAAGAUGCAUUAAAAUAAACAUCAGAGUAACUCA